AUGGCGGAGGCAAAUCGCAGAACAUCGCGGUUGAGCAUAAAACAUGUAUUUUCGGGAACACUUGUGCACUCUACUGCAGCCAAUAGAAUGGAAAUAUGUCCAAAGAGGAUUAUAGGAGUUGAUAAUGACGGGAAGGUAAAUUAUUUCUCGCUCCCAUUGAGAAGUCGGUUCUCGUUAAAUUUUACAUUUACAGUGCACACAGUGUUCUGUUUCUAUUGUUUGUUUUGUCCAAUCAGCAUUUUGUUACAAACUUUAAAUUCAACUUUGUACUUUGUGUUAUUCAGCGCUAAAGAUGACAGAAGAGCUGUUGAAAAAUGUUUGUUAAUUUUAAAAGUGUCGAUCAUUUUCUUAAAUUAAUUAUAAUCCCUUUUCACGCAAAUUCACGCGUCACGAAUAUAAAAGGAAAACUUCAAAUCUCUCUUCUCGUGCGGAAGGCUUCACGGAAACCCAAAGGUUUUUACGAAAUGAAAGAAAAAAUUCACGACUAACGUAUAUUUCAGAGGCAAACCACGCCUCACACUGGUUCAUAAAUUCCCGAAUCACGCUCGCUUUUCUGUAAAAUUCACGUGUUACAUAUUAAUUUUGGCCUUAAUCACGCAUCACCUAUAAAGCAAUUUGCCGCCCUCUUUCACGACUCUGGCCUUCUUGCUUAACUUUCCUAAAAGUUCUUUGUUUAUAGACUUUGUCUGAGUAGUUAUUGUAGCUCGUCGUGGAUGGUAAAUGCACAAUGAAGUCAAUUGAAAUAACAUGGCGGAAGAUGGUAACGUUGUUGUCAUGGAGUUGAAUGCUUUGCACUUCCAAUUUUGAAAGGAAGGCAAAUCACCUAGAAUUGCCUUCUAGGAACAGUUGAAGAAGGGAAAGCUUCUCCUAAAAAUCAGAGCUCACGAACAGUUCUCUAAGGGUACCAGUGUACUGUCACUACUUGGCUGCUGGAAAUUUCUAUCAUUUAUUGUAGAUGAGGGGCAAAGCCUGCAUCAUCAUUUCUGUUUAACCCUUUACACCCUAACAUCAGUAUGCUUAUUCUCCAUACUGUUCACUAUGCAUUUUCUAAGCUGCUGACAAGGAGAAUUCAUUUAAGAAUCACAAGCUUCUUUAGUUGGUGAUUAUUUCCUUUAUUCUUGUGCCCUUAAUGUGUGAUUUGGGGAUGAUAUUUAAGGAGAAAUUCAAUGAUAGUCACUCUUAGGUCUCAAAGGGCUCAAAUGGUUAAAGCAGCUGAGAAUGUAAACGCCUUUAGGCUCCGCCUACUGAAUGCACUCCUUAGUGGAAAUGUCACGCACAGAUGAAUCAUUUCAAUCUUCUAUUCUUGUCUAAUUUUUGUUUUAGUUCACUGGUGUUUUUAACAUGUACUGGCCUUUUGUAUUUAUAUUGUACUAGCCUUAGUUUUCACUUAUAUAUAUUUUUAGGCCAAUACAAUGUGACUAUAAUAUUACAAUAAUUUUAAUGUAGGCUUUGUAACUGAAAAAUCUAGCUCAGGAGUUGCAAUAAAUGUAUGUAUGUAUGUAUGUAUGUAUGUAUAUGGUUAAUGUUGGGCUGCUCACUUUUAUAACUGAAAGUGUUUUUUUUUCUUGUUAGAUAGUUUUUAUUGAUAAUGCUUCUUGUAUGGAGGAACUUGCUGAAAGGUUUGGAUUUCAUGAGAGAGAUGUAAUCACCCUAAAAGAGAACAGGUAGAGUAAUAAUUUUUUUUCAUCGAUUUUUGUUCAUACAUAAAAAUGUGAUAACUUUUUCGGGAAAGGAUUUGCUAAAAGUUUUAUUUGAGGCAAGAGUAAGUGCAAUCUAAGAAUUUGCACUUUCAUUCGAAAAAACAUCAGCAUGUUGUGAUGAAGAGAGUCUAUUUAAUAUCCCCAAGUGCAAAUAUUCUUCCAUCUUGUUUUUAUUCCAAAUACACUGCAGAUUUUUUAUUGUAACAUCUGACAGAUUGUUAUUGUAUAGUCUGAUUACUGGGGUGGGUGUAAUCCUGAGAAGGACCAUUGUCUGUUAUAGUGACUGAAAAGUUGUUCAUUGUGAUGGUACCCCUUUCAUAGUAAGUUGUUUUUAUCAACGCUAAGGUAAUUAUGUGAAUCGGUCACUGUAAAGAAAUUCUAAACCUGAUGUUUCAAGUGCAAGUCCUUUGUCAAUGAAAUCCUCAGAGAGCAGAUUUGCUCUAACGUAGGCCAACACUCAAAACAUCAGCUUAAGAAAACCUUUACAAUGACUAAUUCAUGUUAUCAACUCAGUUGGGAAAACUGAAUUAUCUUGUACUAUUAAUAACAUCACAGUUUCAUUAGAAAUUAAAUCCCUUUAACUCUUUUGAGGGUCACUUGCAGAAUCUUUUGGAAUAUGGCAGACAUUGCUGUACACUUGAAUGUUAAUAAAUGUUUCUUUGUUAUGACUUUUUUUAGACAGUUUUUGAUGCCUGGAUUAGUUGAUACUCAUAUUCAUGCUCCACAGUAUAUAUUCACUGGAACAGGCUAUGAUGUGCCUCUCCUACAGUGGCUUGAAAAGUAUACAUUUCCCUCUGAAGCAAGAUUUGCAAACAAAGAAUUUGCUCAGAAUGCAUACAGAAAAGUUGUGGUGAGUUCUAUUCACUUAUUUAUAUUUAGCAUUUAUCAGUCAUUUUGGAAAAUCUUCCAAAAUGACCAAUAGUGGGUAAAUAAAUAAAUUCUGUGUAUGAUAGUCUUUUUGGAAAACAAACACAGCUUGGAGCAGUUUUUAAUUACUACUAGUUUUUUUUUGGUAGGUUUUUACUUUCCAGAAAUUAAUCAUUAUUCAAACAGUUUCAUAGCCAAGUUCUGUUUCACAUUCAGAUAUCUUGAGUGAGAAAUGAGGAUUAUUAUCAAGAAACUCUAAUUGGAAGGGGAAAUAAAGAUUGCAUUUUGGCUUGUGGAAGGCUUGUUUAGUUGAAGGCUUUAGCUAAAAUAAUGUCCAUACCUGUAGCUGGUAUUGUCACAUGGCAUUUUUAUGGAGACAUCUUUAUACAAUCAAGCACCUUAAGGUGUAGAGAUUUGCUUUGAGAUAAUAAUGAAACUUGAAAAUAACUCAAUAUUCUUGUUCACCCAGACACCUGAAUAUCUUUUUUUAUAUGUAACAUGAUCAAGGAAAGGUUACUCAAGAAUGGAACAACCACUGCAUCAUACUUUGCAACUAUUCACUAUGAUGCUACAGCAGUCCUCUGUGAUGUUAUAGGUCAGUAUGAAAGGGUGAGUCCCUUAGGAGCUUUUUCCAGUUUCUGUAGCAUGUAGUAAGGGUUUGUACAGGUUCUGGAAAAUCUUGAAAGUCAUGGGAAAAGACUAUUGGUCUGGAAAGUCCUGGAUUAAUCUGCUUAACUCAAGCAAAAAAGUUUUCAGAAUUUAUUUUAGAAAUAAUGUGUGUGGCAGGUAAUGAGAAUUUAUUUUGAAAUUUUGAAGAUUGAAAGGGUGCUGGAAAAAUCAAUCUGAGCCCAGGAAACGUCCUAGAAAAUUCCUUGAAGUUUUUUCUCUGAGAAAGGGUACAAACCCUGAUGUAGUGAUCAGGAGUACCAUAUUUUCUACUUUAAAUCUGUAAAAUGCUGUCCCCUGAUUAAGUGCUGUCCUUAAAUGAACCCUGCUUCUAAGCAAAAAAAAAAAAUUAAUGAUGUCUGGAAUUUCCAGAGCUCUGCCAUCUGAAAGUGUGGUGCUUAUGCAGGACAGACAACUACACUAUAAGUUUGUUUCAACUUUGUCUGGGACAGCCUAAAAUGAACCCAGCAUACCUUAGUUAUUAUUUAGCAGUAAAGACUGUUAGAUCAUUAGAUUUUUAUUGAACCAAUUCAUUACAUUUUCUGUUGUUCCCUUAAUCCCAAAUUUUUAUCAAAUUUUCAUUAUGAAUAUAGAUUUCCAUUCUUUUUGAGUGAAGGUACAUGCAUGCUUAUUGAUCAUUUAAUUAAUAUAUAUAUUUACUGUGUUUAGGAUCAUGUGAAUUUUGUAACAAUUGCAAUGUGUCACUUGGUGCAUUUAAAUUUAGCAGAUGCCAUUAGUAAGAGUUAAAUGAUGUUGAGUGUCAUUAAAAUGUUUGUAAAGUAGCAAAAAAUAUUUUUUUCUGUUACACAAUGCAUAUGCCGAAUUUGAACAGCUGAACUUGGACAAAGAGCAUAUGUAGGAAAAGUUUGUAUGGACAGGAACAGUCCAAACUACUACAUUGAGGGAACAGAGGACUCAGUUAAGAAUGCUGACAGGUAAAUUGUCUUUAGGUAACCCUUUCACUCCUAUGAUCUCAUUAGUAAUUCUCCUUAGUGUCUGCCAUAUAAUUCUUAUGAUUUUAGUUAAAGAAUUUGGUAUUGGAUCAACAAAUAUUUUUCUAUAUUCUCCAUUUGUCUGCUUGGUAUUGUGUUAUUAUGGUAAGGGGUGUAAGGGGAAAUUCUGUCUCGUCACUAACUCACUUGGUUAGAAAGCAUGUUUAACCCUGUAAAAAGGCUUACUUCAGGUAGCCAGUACUACUAAUAUUUCUGUCCUACUAACUCUAUCAUGUUUUUUAGGGUUAAAUAUAGUAUGUUGUAACAGAUAUGUUGAUACAUACACUUAUAUUUUAGUACAAAGCAAAACACUGGUUGUGAAAAAGAUAUGAAUGUUUAUUUCAAUUUUUUGUUUUGGCAGGAUUAUUACCUAUAUAUUAGGGAUGAAGGUAAUUAAAAAGUAAAAAACACGAAUGCAUGUACAUGUAGCAACGAACUUUCUAAAUUUGAAAGGAAUGACUGCAGAAGUAGCUCUAGAUAGCAGCAACUUGGCUUCCCUGAUGUGGUGGGGUGCCUCAAAAAAAAUCCCUGAAAAGAAACUAGCAAUGAAGAAUUGCAGAAUGAAAAGUGAUGUUCAUUUGGAAAUGACAGAUAUCACAAACUGUAUUCUUUCUCUGCAGACACACACACACAUACACCCAUAAGCAUUAAAAGAAGCUAGUGUUCUGUAAUUUUCCAUACCCUUUGACACCCAUUAGUGACCAAAACAGAAUUACUCCUUACAACAUCAAUACAAUAUCAAGCAGACAGGUGAUGAGAACAAAGAAAAACAAUCCAUGAGGAGAUUAUUCAUUGAUCCAAAACCAAAUUCUCCUGAACAACAUUACAAUAAUUUUAGUAGAAUAAUUACUUGGCAUAGUGGCUAGAGCACUGAAAUUUAGCUCAAAAGAAUGGGGUUCAAGGUCUUGCCAGUCAAUAUGUUCUGUUCUUGAGCAAAGCACUUUCCUCUCAUAUGGCAUAUCUCCUCCCCAGAGCAUAAAUAAAUAUUGGCCAAGUGUCAGGAGAAGGGGGGAGCCAAGUUUGGUUGGACUAGCAUUGCAUUCUAGUGGAGUGAAAAUAGUCCAAGUCACUUCAUGCUUUGGAAAUUAAGAUAAUCUCUGGCCAGAUUACACUGUGGCCUCUUGGUGCAAUCCCCAUCUGUACUUUGAAAUGAAUGCUUGAAGUUUUAAGAACUUAGUGAACUGUGACUGUCUUCUGCUGUUCACAUUCAUACUCAUUCUGAUGACUGCAUUAAUUCUUGUUUUUUUUUUAGAAUCCACUCAUUACUCCUGUCAUCACUCCAAGGUUUGUUCUGAGUUGCACCUCAGAUCUGAUGAAGAAGUUAGGGAGUCUUGCAAAGAAUUACAACCUCCCCAUACAGGUCAGUUAAUCCAAAUCAGGAACUAAACAGUGCUCAAAGCCAUGUCUGAAAAUUUUUCUUUACUUUCAAUACAGAAAAAUGUGAAUUUAAGUCUGGGGCAAUAGGUUUCCAGAUUUAGUUUUCAGCAAUGAUAACACAUCUUAAACUUCAAAAUUAGCUUCCUUUUGUAGUACUUAAGUGGUGUAAUGUAUAGUACAUGUGUACUGCCAGAGAGGUGUAAUAUUGUGCAUUGUACGUUAAAUACAUGUGGAGUGAAGUGAAUGCACUUUGAAGGAGGCUCAUCUCUCAAUGCUCCAGCAAAGCUUCAGUUGAUCAACUUGGCAUAACAUGUUGUUUGAUUCCCUUGGUGCAUCUUGUCCCUGCUUGGAUGGUAUUUUUGCUCCUAGGAGUGAUUAACAUGUAACUCCUCCCUCUAAUAUCCACACAUGAUUUGUCAAACAGAUAAUGAAAAUGUCCAAACUUAUCAGGAGGAAGUUGUCAUCUUAGUCUAACACCAAAUUAUUGUGACUAGUUUACAAGAAAAUGUGCAGUAACUAGAAGGAAGAAUAAACAAUCAGAUGUUGGAAGAUUAUAAAAGAGUUUGAAUAUCCUUAAAAAAAAGUCCUCGCACAAUUAAGAGUUGUGAUGCCAUAUCAGUGUAAAUUUCAAAGAAAAUUUAUUAAUUCUGUUGUCUUUUUCCUUAAGAGUCACUUGAAUGAAAAUAAAAAGGAAAUAUCGUUGGUUAAAGAAGAAUUUCCAAAUGAGAGCUAUACUGCAGUGUAUGAUAGGCAUAAUCUUCUUAAUGGUAAGGUGAGUAAAUGAGCAUUUAGUAAUUUUGCUCCCUUUGUUAUAAACUGUGAAACAAGGUUUUAAAUUAUCACUUUCAUUAUAGAUACAGUGAUAAUAAUUCUUGUAAUAGUAAUAAUCAUAAUAAUAAAUUACUAGCUAGUAUAGAUCAGUAAAAAGUUUUUGGAGGUUAUGUAUUACUUUAUUUGUUAUGACGGUAUUUAUGAAUUCUUUUGCAGACAUAUAUGGCCCAUUGCUGCCACUCCACAGAAGAGGAAAUUAAUCUUAUGUUAGAAAGAAAUUCUGCCGUCGCUCAUUGUCCGACAUCCAAUUUUAAGUGAGUAAUAUCAUGAAGCUAAAAGUUAACAAGGCUAAUGUGGGGUUGGUCAUAACCUUGAAGCCGAGUUUUUUGAAGAAAAAGGUUAAAGAACAGCCAGCAGAGCUUUUAAUAUAGAAUUGUGCAUAUGUAAUACGAGCAUCGUAUUUUAGAAGUUAACGUCGAAAAUUUGUAGCGAUUUUGUCGAAUUUUCGUGGAGACUUUUGUGUAGGCUUUGGGACACGAAAUGUCGAGGGACAAUUUACCUGAAAUUUCGCGCAGUAAUUUCAGACUGUAAUUAAGUUUGAGGCUUGGUUGAGUGUGUGGAAUAUGUGGUAUCCGAGACUGUUUUUUUUCCCUAUAAGUUUUUGCUAUGAACUGCUAUUGACAAUUCCUAGGGUUCUCUUUUGCCAACUUCAAGUUCCGAUAAGUUCUACCUUUGUUUGUUGUAGCAUUCGAAGCGGUGUGGCUGAUAUCAGACACUACUUGAACAAAAAGAUCAAAGUUGGAUUAGGGACAGGUAAAUUUUUAUUUCCCAACUACUUGGUAUGUAGAAACCAAUAUAAAAUCACGGGAGUGAUUUUUAUGGGGUGGGGGUACUUCUUAGUUAUAGGCUAAUUUGGAUGUGCCGCUGGAUGGGUUCGCAUAUUCACAACUGGAUUAACUGUAAUGAGGUUACCUUUUUAAUAGAGUUAAUGCAGUAGGGUUUAUUAUAGGGAUUUUGAGGGUAAGAAAAUUUUGGAAGAUUUGCGGUUAAAAAGGGGUGUAUAAUCGGCCACAGAAUAGACUGUAAUGGGUUAUGAGAGGCCAGCAGCACAUACCCAGCAAAAAUUGACCCCAAUACUUCCCUUCUCCCCAUUCCUGGAUAGAAUCCUUAUCUCCCUAGAGUGACAGAAUAGGAGUUUUCUUAACAAUAUCUGUAUACAUCGAGCAGAAAGUUGACGAGAAGAUGGUAAAAUCGAAACUAGGAAGUCCUGUCUGCUUCAACACCAAAUUCUUAAAGCUUUUAUGAAUGUAUGACAGAAAGGGAAAAGAACUGACAAUUACACGAAAGAUUUGGUCUUGGAAUGAAACGGUUCAACUCAAAUAACAAGGAGUAGAAAAUACGGACACAAAUUGAUCGAAAUUUAGCAAGUGUUAUUUUUCACAGCUGUACAAGAAGUAGAACAUGUGGGACAGUGCAGACGUGAAGGAAAUGAACUUUAGAGGGAAAAUUGACUCUAUUGAUGAAUGCCUUUUUAAUUUUUUUAAUUACUCAACAGAUGUUUCUGGUGGAGAAUCACCAUCGAUGUUGGUAGCCAUUCGUGAUUGUGUCAAAGCCUCCAAUGUAAUCAGUUUUGGCAAAUCUGAGGAAUUCACAGCCCUAACUUAUGAAGAAGCUUUCUUUCUUGCUACUUUAGGUGGUAGUCAAGGUGAUUCAUGCAUCAUUAAAUCUCCCUCCAGCUUUUCGUUUUUGUUUUUUUCAGUCCUUUUCAAUGAUACUCCAAUUGCAAAGCCUAAAAUUUUGGUUCGCAUUUUCCAUGUGUUUCCUAGAGGAGAAUUUACUGUUAUCGAGGAUUUCAGCAGGAUUGUGAAGAGGGCAUGAAAAUUCAGCGGAAAACAAUUUCGAACUUGAUUCCCUUUCAGUCCUAUGAAAUGUCUGUCAUUGUUGCGGUAGUCCAUGGCAAUCUUUAUCAAGUGAUGUGUUUUAAUUCCGUUGUAGUGCUUGGACUUGACGACAAAAUAGGAAAUUUUGAGGUAAAGUGAAGCGUAAUACCUACCGAUUUUCACGAACACUUCCCGAUGAAGAAGCUUGACGUUGUGUUUAACUUUUUUAUUUAGGUCGGCAAAGAUUUCGAUGCAUUAUUAAUUGACGUGGAAGUUCCAGAUUCCCCGUUUGAUUGUUUUGAUGCAGAUGAUUCAAAGGUAGGAGUUAUCCAUUUUUGACGUUCUACUGAUUGUGAAAGAUAGUUUUUUUCGUUUCUCAGCGUUUUAAAUCAGCCGUAGUUUGUCCACUUGCACCGUCAGUGACUUAAAUAUUUCACGUCCUUUGUAUUGUAUUGGUAUGUUCUCGUUUAAAUAUAGUUACUCAUUAAUUUCAUUAAUUAUUUUUUGCGUACUUGCGUAUUUUGAAAUCGGGCUUGAUACUUCUUUUUAGUAACCCCCUUACCCCCUCCCCCCCUGGUAUCAGUUGGAAGUUAUCCUGAGCUUUCGAGGCUCAAUGACCAACCACUGUUCGGGAAAAGAGCCCGCGCAUGGCAAGGGUUGGCUUGCUGCAUCAUCUUCUUGCGUAUCUUGUAUCGUUCGACAGAGACGAGUGACGCGACUAAAUGUUGCGCUUGUGUAUCCUUAUUAGGAACUGUAAUUGAAUGAAAGACAAAAUGGUAUUUAAAAAGAUAUGUUGAUCUGUUCUUUUUUUUUUUCUUUUUUUUUUUUCAGGAUGCAGUCCAAAAGUUUCUUUACCUUGGUGAGUAAGAUCGACAAUUUGAUCUCACUUGAUUACUUUAAGUUAAAUUUUAACCUAUUGAUCGUCGUGAGUACGAAGUAGGAGAGGCAGUCAGUCAGUUAAACAGAAAAUUUCAAGUAUCGAAAGUAAAACUCCAAUUAUUAACGUAGAAUGAAAUGAGUAGAAUACUUGUUAAAUUAAAAUGUACCUACAUGAAUUAAAAGUGUCAUUAUUGAUUAUUCGCACUCUAUGCGACGAAUCCUACUUUAAAAUUUUUCUGUGUUGCUUAGUUCCGGUUGUUUCCGAAAGUGCCUUUCAAGUUUCUGUAGCGAAAAAAUGAAAAAAUCGGAACACAUGUGUUUGUAACAAUAAAGUAACUGUUGUUUUCUUAUUGUAGGAGAUGACAGGAACAUUCGACAGGUUUACGUGGCGGGCAAACUUGUGACGGGAGAAGAUUUCAAAACCCAAAGUGAAGUGGUGUAUAUUGAAAUCGAUGACUGACUGCUCAGGAGUUUAGUUUACCAUAGAUCCUCGAAUAAUUGUACAGAGCGCUUAUUUCAGAUCUGGGAUGAACCGGGGAGGGGAUGGUGGAAGGCCCUUAUUAAACCUUAAGCGCUGGUUUCACUUUCUCAAAUUGGCCACCGUGUUAGCAUUAGAAACGUCAGCCUCAAUAACUCUUUACGGUGGCCAAUUUACAUUAUCAACUCAGUUAAUAAAACCGUUCUAUCCUGUAAUACCCUCUCCAAUGGAGGGGGUUCUUUAAAAACUUACCCCCUUUAUUCAGUAAUAUGUAAUUUUUGUAAGGUGAUAUUCAAAUAUGAACUUAAAGAAUUUUUCAGAGCCACGAUCGACGCUUAUGGUUACUUUACUAAACCUAACGUGUGUUUAACGGCGACGUGACGUAAGAUGUGAUAAUGUAGCGAUUAGUGUUGGUAGUGCUCUUUGUAUUAUAAGUUUUAAAAAAUUGUUAGAAGCGGUUUGUAAGGUAAAAGAGUAGGUAUGCUAUCAUCUGUACGUACAUUCUUCUGUAAGUAGGUUUAAAUACUGUAUAUUUGCGUUGCGCGUAUAUUAAUGUAACUAGCGCAAGUAAUUCAAUGUACUCCUAGUUUGUUGUCGUCGUAUGUAGAUGUAAAAUCCAUUCUUCUUCACAUAAAUGUGAGAGGGCACCACCAGAGAUAUUGUAAUUCAAGCGGAAGUAUGCAGCAUUGUGAUUUCUGAAAAGUAAUGUUUAUCUGUGACAUAAAGUUUAAAGCCGA